AUGAAACGCCUUCGGGUGACCUUCACUAAAGGGGUCUCUUCUAAAGUUGAGUUUACAAACAUCAACUGCACUUCUUGGGACCCAGAAUUUAGCGAUUUUGAAUAUUGCUACUUGAAGUCGGUGAAUCGCAGCUACAAAUAUAUGUCACUUAAAGUUAAUUUAUAUAAAGUUCCCAUUAAUGUUAUAAAGGUAAAUAUAGCAGCGCUAAAGAGAUUCAAUGGCUACAAACCCUUCCUGUACAAUGCGACUGUGGAUGCGUGUAGAUUCCUCAAGAAUCCAAAAUCCAAUCCAGUCUUUUCAUAUUUACAUAACAUGUUUAGGAGCUUCUCCAAUAUGAAUCACACAUGUCCCUAUAACCAUGAUUUAGUGGUGGAAAAACUGAAUACCAAUUUUCUAAAUAAUCAUAUCACAUCUGCUUUGCCAGUUCCCGAAGGUGAUUACGCCUUGCAGACAUCCUGGUUUGCCAACAAUAUUCUUCGGGCAACGGUUCUUGUUUCUAUAACUCUUUCUUAG